CCUUUAUAAUUUAGAAAAGACUAAUGUCAGUUUUAAUCGAGACAUCACUAGGUGAUCUUGUCAUAGAUCUGUAUACAGAUGAGUGUCCCAGAACGACACUUAAUUUUUUAAAGCUUUGCAAAAUUAAAUACUACAACUUUGCUCCAUUCUUUAAUGUUCAAAAAGAUUUCAUGGCUCAAACCGGUGAUCCUACUGGUAAGGGAGACCAAGGGGAAUCCAUAUAUGGUAUUUUGAAUGGCCCUUCUAGACGUUAUUUCCCUGCUGAAAUCAAUCCUAAAUUAAAACAUAAAAGAAAGGGCAUGGUCUCCAUGGCCGUUGCAGCCGACGCGUCAAUAGAAAGUGGAGGUGUUAGUGGAAGUCAAUUCUUCAUUACUUUAGCUGACGAUUUGGAUUAUUUGGAUGGUAAAUAUACCUUGUUUGGCGAAGUUGCAGAAGGGCUCGAAGUACUGGAUAAGAUGAACGAAGCUUAUUGUGAUGAUAAAGGCAGACCCUUUCGUGAUAUUCGUAUAAAACAUACAGUUGUUUUAGAUGAUCCAUUCCCUGAUCCUGAGGGCCUUCAAGUACCUGACGAAUCACCUUUGCCUACAAAAGAACAAAUGGAGUCGAUGCGUAUUGCAGACGACGAGGAUAUUGAAGAAAUAGGCGAUCCGGAGGAAAUAGAAAAGAGAGCAAGAGAAAGAGAAGCAAAGGCACAUGCUCUUACUUUAGAAAUGAUUGGUGAUCUACCUUUUGCCGAAGUAAAACCACCAGAGAACGUAUUGUUCGUAUGUAAAUUAAAUCCAGUAACAAGAGAUGAGGAUUUGGAAAUGAUAUUUUCCAGAUUCGGUGCUAUUCAUAGCUGUGAAAUCAUUCGUGAUAGACAAACUGGUGAAUCACUAAGCUACGCUUUUGUUGAAUUUGAGAAUAAAGAGGAUGCUGAAGAGGCCUACUUCAAAAUGCAAUCUGUUUUGAUUGAUGAUCGCCGUAUCCAUGUCGAUUUCUCUCAAUCCGUAUCGAAACUUCACAAGGAUUGGAUCUCAAAGCGUACUGGAAGUAAGGAAUCCAUGGGUGGAUUUGAUAACCUCCAAAAAAGAACAAGAUAUAGGGAUGGUGAAGGCCGAAGCAAAAGAGAUGAGGGUUACGAUUUGGUAUUCGAUACAAACAAAAAAGAUCACAAAAAAUUAAAAACAGAUGAAGAUCAAUCCCGUCGCGGCGACUCUAGGAAGGACGACGAUCGUAGCAGCACCAAAAGAGGCAGUGAUCGAAAUAGCAGUAGAAGAGAUGAUAGAAGAGAUAAUAGAAGAGAUGAUAGAAGAGAUGAUAGAAGAGACAGCAAACGAGAUUAUGAGAGUAACAGAGACGAUAGACGGAGAGGUCAUAGAGAUAAUGACAGAAGAGAGGAUCGUGACCGGAGGAGAGAGGAUGAUAGGGGAAGAAGAUAAAUGGCUGUUUCUUUUCAAGUCGAAAUAAUAAAGCUCGUGUAUGUAUGUAAAUGCGUUUUAUUUAUUGUGUAAUAGGGUAGUGAUAGCUAUUUGCCAUAACGUGCAUUGCAG